AAUAAGUUACUGUAACUUUAUUGCGUUAUCCUUGACAAGAAGGUUGUAACAGUGAAUUACUACUUUUUGUGUCAAAUAAACUCAACUCAACAAGGAUAAUUAAUGAGACACAGGUGAACCAAAUGACGAAAUCAAACACUGGGGAAAACUGGGUCACAGAACCCAUGAGGAAAGAAAACACAACAAAAAGGUCCAUGGGCAUGACACCUACAAUAUCAGUCAUUUGAAUUCAAAUGUGAAUAAUGGCCAUCUUAAUUACAUGUUAGUACGUUUGUUAAUUAAUGUAUUAAUUAACACUUUAGGUUAAGCUAAAUGAAAAUCUGAAUUAUUCUCAUGGAAUGCACAAAGACACGCUAAUAAUUAAAAACAUUAUUUUAACUCAACUGUUGAAAUGACAGAGUAUAUAUUUCAUUAUUUAUGAAUUCUAAUUUUCAUUUUUGUAAUGUUUCUAUAUUAAAAUUAAUUUCUUGCUCUUGUAACUCAUGUGAAUGCACCUUUUUGUGCUAUCCUAUGUAGCUUCUGUGCUGCCAUUGCAGUAUAAAAUGAAUGUGAAUGUGAGCGUGAGUCGUGUAUAGUCAUUGGAGGUCCUCAUAUGCAUGUUAAUCAGUGAAAAAAAGAGGAAGGAAGAAGUUCAAGCAUGUUUUGUAACACCAGUAAAUGAAAUUUACUGUUGUAAUGUUGACUGUGAGUUGACAUCAUAUGAAGAGGAAGCAAUAUCAACUGCAGGAAUGAAAAUCCAUUACAACAUAAACCCUCGUUGCAGAGAAAUGUAAUGUAGCGAUUCAAUAGUGAAGCCAUUUUAUAGUAAAACUCACGGUGCAGGCUGACAUGAAGAUUCAGUGCUUUUAAAUGUUUCUCUGUGUGUUUUCAUUUGAAUGUGUACAUUGUGAAAUAAUGUGGGCAUUCUCUGUGCCUAUGAUUUCCAUAAAUAAAGAGUUGGAGUGUGUUGUUGCUUGUCUUUUAUUUGCUCGUGUCAAUACAUUGUGUGCAUACAGACACAUACGGACCCUUAGUCUCUACCAAAUUCAAAUGGACACACUUCCAGAGAAUUACAGUAAUAGACUAACGCAGAGGAAAAAUGUCAUAAAAACACAAAUGAGGAAGAAAUAUGAAAAGGGCUUUUGUUUAGAGUAAUAAAUGAUGUGAUGCUGAAUGAGGGAUGAGAGCAGAUAUAAUAAUCACACAGUUUGAAGCUGCAGACAGAAACAUCAGACUCUAAAGUAAGAACAACUCGCAUGUUCAUUCUUUAACCAGAAUAAGACUUUUGACAUGAUAGUAGUCUUAAUAAUAUACGUACAGUGCAUUUUUAUGUUCCUGUUGGAUUUUAAGAUGGAUUUUUAAUUAUCGCUGAAAUCAUGUUUUACACCAAAAUGAAUCUGCGAAUAUUUGAAAUUUGACUUUAUCUGUAUUUUUCUUCCUCAGAAAUGGACCAAACUCUGUUUUUCAUUCUUCUUCUCAUUAGUGAGUGUGUUUGUGGUUUUAUUUCUGGUUUCUAGUUUCAUUGGGUUUGAUUCUGUUAUGAAAAUCAUUAAAUCAAAGCCUCUCUUUCACAGCUCUCUGCUCCGUAUCUGAAUGUGUUCAGCGUCAGUAUCACUUUAUAAAUGAGUUGAAGACCUGGACUGAAGCUCAGAGAUACUGCAGAGAGAAAUACACAGAUCUGGCCACCGCUGACGACAUGAACGACAUGAACGAGCUGAAGAAGAGUGUGAAUGAUAGAAGUGUUCAGUAUGUCUGGAUUGGGCUGCAGAAGACGGGUCGUGAUCAAUGGCACUGGUCUUCAGGUGAACCUGCGCUCUAUCUGAACUGGGCUACUGGACAACCAAAAGGCAUAAAUGUUUGUGCUAUAAUAUUUAAUGGACAAUGGCGUGAUUUGCAAUGUAAUUCUGCCCAAUAUUUCAUCUGCAACAACGCGAACACAGGACUCGUCUUUGUCAAUCAGACGAUGAAUUGGAGAGACGCUCAGAGUUACUGCAGACAGAAUCACACUGAUCUGGUCAGUGUGAGGAACCAGAAUGAGAAUCAACAGGUUCAGAAGAUCAUUAGUGAUAGACAGUUAUCUGGAUCACAAGUCUGGAUUGGUCUGUUCAGAGUCAGAGACUCGUGGCAGUGGUCAGAUCAGAGUGACUCCUCGUUCAGAUACUGGAGGUCUGGUCGACCUAAUAAUUAUGGAGGUGGUGAAGACUGUACACGGAUUGAACUGAACACUCAGGGACAAUGGAACGACGUCCCUUGCCCCACUCAAUAUCCUUUUGUGUGUCAUGAAGAUGAACUGAUUCUGAUCAGAGAGAAUCUGACGUGGGCUGAAGCUCUGAGAUACUGCAGACAGAAUCAUGUGGAUCUGGUCUCGGUUCAUUCAGAAGAGAUUCAGCGUGAUGUGAUGAACGUGGUUAAACGGGCGUCUACUGCGGCGGUGUGGUUGGGUUUACACAACUACUGCAUCAUGAACAUGUGGCUCUGGCUGAGUGGAGAGAUCGUGUGCUAUCAGAACUGGGCUCCAGGGAACGGAACGACUCCAGAAAACUGCAAACUCGAGAAGAGAAAAGGAGCAGUUCAGUCUGGAGGAGAUCAGUGCUGGAUCAGCCUUCCUCAAUCUCACAAACUCAACUUCAUCUGCAGCAGAUAUUAAGAGCUAACUUACAUUCACGCUUUUCAUGGGCUACUUCAUUAUUUUUCUGGUUUACUUUUAUGUUUGAUUUGUUAUUUAGUAAGUUCUGAGUGAAUCUGCUUAUUGGGUUUUAAAAGUAGCCAGAAGUCCGUUUUAUUUCUGCAUUAUGAAAUAUGUGUCUUUUAAGAAAUUCUUUGUAUAUCCGGUGUGGUUAAACUAUGUUUUGCACUUAUCAUAUCAUUUGAACACAAACACAGAACAUCAGCUCAAAUAAACUCAUCUAAAGUCAGUACUGUCUCCUAUUUCCUGAUUUCCCCUCAACGUCACAUUAAACUGAAUUAUAUGUGGGCCUGGGAUUCGGUAACAUUUGAACUUGAAAUAUAUUUUUUCAACUACAUUCAUUUUCUAAAUACCCCACAUCAUUAGGCAAAUAUCAAAUAAUAAAAAAGUUAAAUACCUUUUAUUAUUUUCUUUUUUUUUUUUUUCUCAACUCAGUAACAGACAAAAUGGGAUUGGUUUAAAAAGGAUUUUACACAUAACUUGUUAUUAAACAAACAUCUACCUAUUGCUCAUUACGUUUAAUGAUAACAAAUGUAACAUUUAUCAUAAUUUGU